CGUUCCCUGUUUUCAGCGUUUUCCAGAUUUGGGCCUCUCUACUCAGUGCGAGCGCACAGAAAUGCUGCCGUGGCUGGGCCUGGAUAUUACGCCAUCAUCAAGUUUUAUUCUGCUGGAGAUGCCAGCAGAGCCCAGCGCGCGUGCAAUGGGCAAAGGCUGUUUCAGAAAUCUCCUUUGAAGGUUUGUGUUUGCAGCAGGCAGAAAGGGUUUCAGCGACAAGUUCUUGCUCUCAACAGCAGCAAGUGCCAGGAGUUGGCCAACCACUAUCUUGGCUUUAACGGCUGGGGGGGGCGCGCCGCCCACCUGCAGAAUGUCUCUGGCUUUGAUGGUGAGAAUGAGGAACUGGAGAAGACAUCACAGAAGCGAUCUGUGAAAUACCUGUGUGCUGUAGAGGUGACACUGCCCAACCAUGGGGUACGCACCAGGGGAGUUGCCCUCGGCGAGACAGACAUAGAAAAUGGUGAAGAUCCUCUCGAGUUUGUCACAGCCUCGAGAAGAGUUCAGAAACUCGCAGUUGGGAAGGCUUUGUCUAGUGCCUUUCAGAAGAUACUCCUCGUAGUCUUAG